AUGACAGUUGCGAGUAACACCUUGAAAGUGAUUCUCUUAAGACACGGCCAGAGUGAAUUGAACCAUGAGAACAUCUUCUGUGGCUGGAUAGAUGCCAAGCUGACAGAAAAGGGUAAAACGCAGGCCAGAAACGCAGCAAGGCUCAUUCAAGAUUACUGCCAAAAGAACGGAGUGUCAUUGCCACAGGUGGGAUAUACGUCAAGACUGUGUCGUACGCAGCAGACCAUGGAAGUGAUGCUCGAUGAGAUGGGGCUGGAGGGGUCGUAUGAGGUUGUUCCUGGCGUGGAUUGCGACAUCGGGGAGACACUGAAUAAGGACGUGGUGAGGGUUCUACAGAGUUGGAGGCUGAAUGAGCGUCAUUAUGGGUCGUGGCAGGGUCAAAGGAAGCCGCAGAUCCUGAAAGAGUACGGGAAGGAACAAUACAUGUACAUCAGAAGGGACUAUCAAGGGAAACCACCGGCAGCGGACUUGAAACGUGAGAUGAUGCAGGAGGUGAAUGAUCCUGGCUCCUCGACGGGCUACGAAUUUAAAGAACCUAAUAGACAUCAAAAAUAUCAGCUGGAGGAGAAGAGUGGGGUGCAACUGCCAGACAGCGAAUCUCUGCGGGACGUUGUUGAGCGGAUGAGACCGUUCCUUACACAGGUUGUUCUGCAGGUCGCCAGACAGCAUAAUUUGGAGUCUUGUCUAAUGGUGGGACACGGAAGCUCAGUUAGAUCGAUCUUGAAAAUCCUGCAGAACAUCUCGGAUGACGAGAUAAAGAAUGUUGAUAUUCCUAACGCAACACCUCUCGUGGUAGAGCUGGACAAGGAUACCUUCAAGUUUGUGAACAGAUAUUACCUAGACCCCGAGACGGCAAGCAUCGAUGCAGAAAAAGUCCGCCAGGAAGGGUUUCAGAAUAACCCUUAG